UCCUAUUUUUCACCAUAAUCUCUUACUUGGCUCCAAUAAUGGCUUCCUCUUCUUCUUGUUCUCAAAAGUUGCAACUUCUCUCAAAGCUCCCCUCUAUCAUCUUCUUCCUCUCUCUGAUCUCCCAUUUGGGUUCUGCAUCUGAUCUACAAGUGGGUUUCUAUGAAUCAUCUUGCCCUGAUGCUGAGGCCAUUGUUAAGAACGCUGUUAACAAAGCCGUCUCUCAAAACCCCGGCAUCGCGGCCGGUCUCAUUAGACUGCACUUCCAUGAUUGCUUCGUUAGAGGUUGCGAUGGUUCUGUACUUUUAGAAUCCACGUCCGGAAAUUCAGCGGAGAGAGAGCAUCCUGCAAACUUUCAGACGUUACGAGGUUUUGAGGUUAUUGACAAAGCCAAGGCUCAAAUUGAGGCUGUUUGUCCCAACACUGUGUCUUGUGCUGAUAUUCUUGCUUUCGCUGCCCGCGACAGUGCUUGUAAAGUUGGAGGUAUCAGCUAUGAUGUACCCGCUGGCCGUCGUGACGGACGAAUCUCGAUAAAGGAAGAAGCCGGAGCUCUCCCUCGUCCCUCUUCCAAUGCCGAUCAACUCAUCGAGAACUUCGCUCGGAAAGGGCUGUCAGCGGCGGAGAUGGUGACUCUCUCCGGCGCCCACUCCAUCGGAGUAGCCCAUUGCCCCACCUUCGCCAAUAGGCUUUAUUUCUUCAACGCAACUCACCCACAAGACCCUUCCAUGGACCCCUCCUACGCAGCUUACUUGAAGAACAAAUGCCCGCCGCCGAGUAGCUUCGCCGGUGACAGGAGCGAGCAGCCGGCAGUGGCGCUUGAUUUUUCCACCCCCAAUCGGCUGGACAAUCAGUACUACGUGGAGCUGAAGAACCGCCGUGGGCUGCUGAGCUCCGAUCAAACAUUGUUGAGCAGUUCUUCAACCUCAAAAAUGGUGUUGAAGAAUGCUGAGUAUGGCUCCAAAUGGGCUGCCAAAUUUGGGAAGGCGAUGGUCAAAAUGGGUUCCAUUGAUGUCCUCGCUGGAUCACAGGGUGAGAUCAGACGCCAUUGCAGCGUUGUGAAUUGAAGUUGAGAGAGCUUCUGUGUUAUAACUUUAGAACAAUGUUUAUUGUUUUUUUUUUCCUUCAAAUUAUUCAUUGAUUUUCUCCAUGUUUGAUCAACUUUGAAAGUGUAUAUUUUUCGUUUUUUUCCUUUCC